CGCCUCCUCCUUCUACUCUGCAAUCAGGGGAAUAAAUCAGGGAAGGAAACAGAGAGAGGGAGAGAGGAGACAGAAAAGAGAGCGCUUGCCGAGAUCUGUUACAAAAGUAACCCUGAUGGCGGCUGAUCAGAUGAAGCUGCUGUGGGGAGUAGCAGUGAGCGUCUAGUGUGUUUUUCUCUCUCCACCGUCCCUCAUUCUAGAUCUCGAUUUUGCUCACCCUACCUCCCCCACCGAGCCCCUCCCCAUCCCUGGCACCUUGCUUGCGUUAUCUCCAGGCGUCUUUCUUUGCAGUGUGUGCAUUGGUGUUUUGCCUUUUCUCCCCCUCUCCCUCCUGGUUUGUUCCAUUAUCAUUUUUAUUUUUUUUUCCCUGAGUUGGGGAGGGAGUGAGAAGCGGGGGGGAAGAGAGAGAAUCGAUCUUCUAUCCCGAAGAUGGCUGCUGGCUGGCUGCUAGUCUUUAGUCUGACACUUUUCCAAUCUUUGCUGAUCAACCCUUCAUCGGAAGAACCUUUUCCUUCGGCAGUCACCAUCAAGUCAUGGGUGGAUAAGAUGCAAGAUGAACUUGUCACACUGGCAAGGACAGCAAGUGGAGUGACUCAACUCCGAGAUAUUUAUGUGAAAUACAAGGACUUGUAUACUGUAGAACCCAACAAUGCACGUCAGCUGGUGGAAAUUGCAGCCAGGGACAUUGAAAAACUACUAAGCAACAGAUCCAAAGCCCUGGUGCGCCUGGCUACCAAAGCAGAGAAAUUUCAAGCAGCCCAUCAGUGGCGGGAUGAUUUUGGGAGUAAUGAAGUUGUCUACUACAAUGCAAAAGAUGAUUUCAAUGAGUUGGAAAAAAAUGAGAGUGAGCCAGACAGCCAAAGGAUCAAACCUGUUUUUGUGGAAGAUGCUGUCUUUCGACGACAAACAUCCUACCAGCAUGCCGCGGUCCACAUUCCCACUGACAUAUACGAAGGCUCAACAAUUGUGUUGAAUGAACUCAACUGGACAAGUGCCUUAGAUGAAGUUUUCAAAAAAAAUCGAGAUGAAGAUCCUACAUUGCUGUGGCAGGUGUUUGGCAGUGCCACUGGCCUCGCCAGAUAUUAUCCAGCUUCUCCAUGGGUUGAUAAAACUCGAACACCGAACAAGAUUGAUCUCUAUGAUGUACGCAGAAGGCCAUGGUAUAUCCAAGGAGCUGCAUCUCCCAAAGAUAUGCUUAUUCUAGUUGAUGUGAGUGGAAGCGUCAGUGGAUUAACUCUGAGGCUGAUUCGUACUUCUGUCUCUGAAAUGUUGGAAACCCUUUCUGAUGAUGAUUUUGUGAAUGUAGCUUCAUUUAACAGCAAUGCCCAGGAUGUGAGCUGCUUUCAACAUCUUGUCCAAGCAAAUGUAAGAAACAAGAAAGUGCUGAAAGAUGCUGUGAACAACAUCACUGCUAAAGGCAUCACAGAUUAUAAAAAGGGCUUUAGUUUUGCUUUUGAGCAACUGCUAAAUUACAACGUGUCUAGAGCCAAUUGUAAUAAAAUCAUCAUGCUGUUUACGGAUGGUGGUGAAGAGAGAGCACAGGAGAUUUUCACCAAAUACAACAAAGACAAAAAAGUACGUGUAUUCACAUUUUCAGUUGGUCAGCAUAAUUAUGACAGAGGACCAAUACAAUGGAUGGCCUGUGAAAACAAAGGUUAUUAUUAUGAAAUUCCAUCUAUUGGAGCUAUAAGGAUCAAUACUCAGGAAUAUUUGGAUGUCCUGGGAAGACCAAUGGUUUUGGCAGGAGAUAAAGCCAAGCAAGUCCAGUGGACCAAUGUAUACUUGGAUGCACUGGAACUGGGCCUUGUCAUUACUGGAACACUUCCUGUCUUCAACCUAACAGGCCAAGAGGAAAAUAAAGGCAACAUAAAGAAUCAGCUGAUUCUUGGUGUGAUGGGAGUCGAUGUGUCUUUAGAAGAUAUCAAAAGACUUACACCACGCUUUACGCUCUGUCCAAAUGGUUAUUAUUUUGCAAUUGAUCCUAAUGGCUAUGUGUUGCUACAUCCUAAUCUUCAGCCAAAGAAUCCUAAAUCUCAGGAGCCUGUCACCUUGGAUUUCCUGGAUGCUGAACUGGAAAAUGAUAUCAAAGUGGAGAUUAGAAAUAAAAUGAUAGAUGGAGAAAGUGGAGAAAAGACAUUUAGAACAUUGGUUAAAUCUCAAGAUGAGCGCUAUAUUGACAAAGGAAAUAGGACAUAUACAUGGACUCCUGUCAAUGGCACAGAUUACAGUUUGGCCUUGGUAUUACCAACCUACAGUUUUUACUAUAUAAAAGCCAAAAUAGAAGAGACAAUAACUCAGGCCAGAUAUUCAGAAACGCUGAAACCUGAACACUUUGAAGAAUCUGGAUAUACUUUUAUAGCACCAAGAGAAUAUUGUAAUGACCUAAAACCAUCAGAAAACAACACUGAAUUUCUCUUAAAUUUCAAUGAGUUUAUUGAUCGAAAAACACCAAACAACCCAUCAUGUAAUGUGGAUAUGAUCAAUAGAGUAUUGCUAGAUGCUGGUUUUACAAAUGAGCUUGUCCAAAAUCACUGGAGUAAGCAGAAAAACCUCAAAGGAGUAAAAGCUCGUUUUGUUGUGACCGAUGGUGGAAUUACCAGAGUAUACCCGAAAGAGGCUGGAGAAGAUUGGCAAGAAAAUCCAGAAACAUAUGAAGAUAGUUUCUAUAAACGGAGUCUGGAUAAUGACAACUAUAUUUUCACUGCUCCCUACUUUAACAAAAGUGGAUCAAGUGCCUAUGAGUCAGGGAUUAUGGUAAGCAAGGCUGUGGAGAUAUACAUUGAUGGAAAACUCCUCAAACCUGCAGUUGUUGGAAUAAAAAUAGAUGUUGGCACCUGGAUAGAGAAUUUCACCAAGGCCUCAAUAAGGGAUCCGUGUGCUGGUCCAGUUUGUGAUUGCAAAAGAAACAGUGAUGUAAUGGAUUGUGUAAUUCUAGAUGAUGGUGGAUUCCUUUUAAUGUCAAAUCACGACGAAGAUACUAAUCAGAUUGGGAGAUUCUUUGGAGAGAUUGAUCCAAGCUUGAUGAGACACCUCAUUAAUGUGUCUGUCUAUGCCUUUAAUAAAUCUUAUGAUUAUCAAUCUGUUUGUGACCCUGGUAGUUCACCAAAACAAGGAGCAGGAAAUCGUUCAUCAUAUGUGCCAUCGAUAGCAGAUAUUUUGCACAUAGGUUGGUGGGCCACUGCUGCUGCAUGGUCUAUCCUACAGCAGUUGAUUUUGAGUCUGACUUUUCCCCGGCUUCUUGAGGCAGUGGAUGUGGAUGAUGAUGAUUUUUCUGCUGUGCUGUCAAAGCAGAGCUGCAUUACUGAACAAACUCAAUAUUUCUUUGACAAUGAUAGUAAAUCAUUUAGUGGGGUAUUGGACUGUGGAAACUGUUCCAGAAUAUUUCAUGUAGAAAAGCUUAUGAACACCAACUUAAUAUUCAUAAUUGUUGAUGGCAAGGGAACAUGUCCUUGUGAUACACGGGUACUAAUCCAAGCAGAACAGACUUCUGAUGGGCCAGAUCCUUGUGAUAUGGUUAAGCAACCCAGAUACAGAAAGGGACCUGAUGUAUGUUUCGAUGACAAUAAAAUGGAAGAUUAUUCAGAUUGUGGUGGGGUUUCUGGAUUGAACCCGUCGUUGUGGUCUAUGAUAGGAAUCCAGUUUGCACUGCUUUGGCUGUUAUCUGGCAGUAGAUACUGCCAGUUAUGACCUUAUGAAACCAAAAUCUGUAUAACUGAUCUCAAGACCCUGCCAAAACAUGAGCCCUGUUUAAUUACAAAAGGGUCAAUUAUUCAGACAGCAGAAAAUCAGCUGUUCUCAAAACAACAUGGUAAAACUCUAUGUGAAAGACUCAUUAGGCCCCCACAGUGGCUGCAUGUUGGAGUGUCAGACCCUUGAACUUGUGUGAAUGCUGCAUCAUCUAUGCUGUCAUAGCAAAAUCCUAUGUGUACUUUACUGAGGAAUCUGAUAUUUUUGUUGCUGUUGGAUCAUUGAUGACUUCAUGUAAAAGGGCUCCUCCUUUAAAAUGGCUUCUUGAUCAUAUCAGUUCUCUAUAUUUUGACCUGCGUAUCGACUCAUUUUGCUCCCUUUUAUUUUAUCAAGAUUUCCAGGAAUCACUUUUAUUUUGCUUUGAUAUUUGACUCUUAAAGUUUGAACAUCAGUUGUAUUGAAAACAAAAUCAGAGAUGAAUUCUAAAUGGCCAAAUGAUGUAAAUAUUAAUAUUGGCUAGUCUUUGUCAAAAGUUCACCAUGAAUGAAAUGCCUUAUGAAGAGUGGCUUAUUCUGCCAAAAAUACAUUUAAAAAAUGGGUGACCAGCUAAGUUGGGGGGAGGGGGGAGUUAGUAGGUUUUAAACUGUUGGUUUAAGUAUAACAACAAUCAAAUUACUGAAAUAAAGGUGCUUGAGGGUUAGUUGUUUUAACCAUCUAACAUAUCUUCUUGAUAAAUAUCAUCCCUUUAAAAAGAACAGUUCAAAUUAAUGUUCCCUCUGUUCACAGUACAGUUGUGAAAUGCUAGCCAAAUCUUUCAAAGUCCUCUAAGAGAUGGUAGGGAUGAUGGAUGGGAUGGGAAAGGAAAAAUCUUUUUUGUGAUCAUUGAACUUUGGCUACCAAGGGUAUUUUGCAUGAUGCUGCUGCAAUUUUUUUUUUGUUGGUUUGUUUCUUUUCUUCAGUUGUAGAGUGUAGUCUAUUUUUAAGGUAACUGAGUGGUAUUAUUGUUAAGAGAAACUGAAAUUUGCAGUUAUAGUGCACUUAAAUAAUCUUACAUGAUCUGGUUAAAUAAAGAUAUCUGAAUAUACUGUGAAAUGAAAAUGUUGAAAGACUGGACUGCAGUGAGGAAUAUGGAGAAAUGGAAUUUUAUACAGACUAGUGCUUUUGCCUGAAAACCUGUGUACAGAUAUUUUAAGUAUAUAAAUCAGAUUUGACAUUUAUUUUUAAAGAGCACAUAUAUGUUCUAAAUGAAGAUUCAUGCCAGGUUUCCUCUCUGUUCAAUUAAAUGUUAGCACCUGCAAGUUUUAAAAAGUUCUCUUGCUAUUUUUCAUUAAAAAUGGCCAGGUCAACUCAACAAAAUUUCCACCCAGUUCAAUAAGAUAUUACAGUAAUCUGAACAAACAGGAAACCUUGAAUCUGUAUGUAUGCACAUUAAUACUUGAUUGUGAAUAAUAAAGACUGCUUUUUUUAUACAAUUUCAUUGGUGAAACCAAUUGGUGCAGGAAAUCAUGAUAUUGCACUAUAGUAUAGUAUAGAGAUAGAACAGUGUGCUUGUUUCUGGUUUUCAAAACUAAACAGUAUUGUGAGAGAUAAAUCGAUGAAUGUACAACUCUGGUGAUCUAUAAUUUAGCUAAAAGCUACAACCUGCAAAUGUUUAUUAUGUAAAAUGCAUUAGUUCAUAAAAGCAAAAAAAAUACCGUGCAAAAUAUCCGUAUGUGUGUAUACGUAUACA